AUGCUGCUUUGGAUUCUGUUGCUGGAGACGUCUCUUUGUUUUGCUGCUGGAAACGUUACAGGGGACGUUUGCAAAGAGAAGAUCUGUGCCUGCAACGAGAUAGAAGGGGAUUUGCACGUAGACUGUGAGAAAAAGGGAUUUACCAGCCUGCAACAUUUCACCGCCCCAACUUCCCAGUUUUACCAUUUAUUCCUGCAUGGAAAUUCCCUGACUCGACUUUUCCCUAAUGAGUUUGCUAACUUUUACAAUGCAGUCAGUUUGCACAUGGAAAACAAUGGUUUGCAUGAGAUUGUUCCUGGGGCUUUCUUGGGGCUGCAGCUGGUGAAACGCUUGCACAUAAACAACAACAAGAUCAAAUCAUUCAGGAAGCAGACUUUCCUGGGGCUGGACGAUCUGGAAUACCUCCAGGCAGAUUUUAAUCUAUUGCGGGAUAUUGACCCAGGAGCGUUUAGGGACUUAAACAAACUAGAGGUGCUGAUUUUAAAUGACAAUCUCAUCAGUACUUUGCCCCCAAAUGUGUUUCAGUAUGUGCCGAUCACCCACCUCGACCUCCGGGGAAACCGUCUUAAAACCUUGCCUUAUGAGGAGGUUCUGGAGCAGAUCCCAGGCAUCGCUGAAAUCCUGCUAGAGGAUAAUCCCUGGGACUGUACUUGCGAUCUGCUGUCAUUGAAGGAAUGGCUGGAAAACAUACCCAAAAAUGCUUUGAUCGGCAGAGUGAUUUGUGAAGCUCCCACUAGGUUGCAGGGCAAAGAUUUAAAUGAGACCACAGAGCAAGAGCUGUGCAAAAAGAACAGAGUGGAUUCUAGUCUAGCUGCUCCCCCUGCUGAAGAAGAAACCUGUGAUCCUGGUCCCAUUCCAACUCCCUUUAAAAUACAUGGCAAAGAAGACUCUGCCACACCAGGAUCUGGUCCAAAUGGAGGUACAAAGAUUCCUGUCAACUGGCAAAUCAAAACUAGACCCACUGCUGCUGUGUCAACUGUUAGUGUGAAGAGCAAGCAACCAGCUGUCUUGUCCUGCCCUCAGAUCUGCAGCUGUGAUCAGAUCCCUGGCUCAGGUUUAAAGGUUAAUUGCAAUGACAGAAAUGUAAGCAGCCUGGUGGAUUUGAAGCCUAAGCCAUCCAAUGUGCAGGAGCUGUUUCUGAGAGACAACAAAAUACACACCAUCAGGAAAUCCCACUUUCUGGAUUACCGAAAACUUAAUUUACUUGAUCUGGGAAACAACAACAUAGCAACUGUUGAGAACAAUACCUUCAAGAACCUCUUCGAUCUCCGAUGGCUGUACAUGGAUAGCAACUACUUAGACACUCUAUCCCGGGAGAAAUUCACUGGGCUGCAAAACCUGGAGUAUCUGAAUGUGGAGUUUAAUGGGAUUCAGCUGAUCAUGCCCGGAACCUUCAAUGCAAUGCCCAAACUCAGAGUCCUCAUCCUCAACAACAACUUAUUGAGGUCUCUCCCAGUUGAUGUGUUCGCCGGGGUCUCACUUUCCAAACUCAGCAUACACAACAAUUAUUUCAUGUACCUCCCAGUGGCAGGGGUGCUGGACCAGCUCACCUCCAUCACCCAGAUCGACUUGCACGGCAACCCAUGGGACUGUACUUGCCCUAUCGUGCCUUUCAAACAGUGGGCGGAAAUGCUGCGCCCCAAGGUGAUAAUGAGUGACCUGAGGUGUGAGUCUCCAGAAGAUUUCUUCAAGGAGGAUUUUGAGUCCCUCUCCAAUGACGUGAUUUGCCCUCAGCUAAAAAUAUCACCCACCUUAAGUUCUACCAACAAAAACAGCACUGGAGUCUCAGAGACAGGUACUCACUCCAACUCCUACUUGGAGACCAGCCGGGUCUCCAUUUCGGUGCUAGUGCCAGGGCUGCUGCUGGUUUUUGUGACCUCUGCUUUCACAGUGGUUGGCAUGCUGGUAUUCAUCCUGAGGAACAGAAAACGGUCCAAGAGGAGGGAUGCCAACUCAUCUGCAUCUGAGAUCAACUCCUUGCAGACUGUUUGCGACUCAUCCUAUUGGCACAACGGGCCCUACAGCACUGAUGGGGCCCACAGGGUUUACGACUGUGGUUCCCACUCCCUGUCGGACUGA